AUGGCGUCCCGUAAAGGUGCCCGCAGCUCUCGGAUCGUUUCUCUGGAACGCUCAGCCAAUUCGUCGCUCAGCAACGGGGGUGGAGACGAGUCAUUCGGUUCUACAACUCUCGAAACAUCUCGACUUCAAGAAAAAGACCAUCUAACAUCACUCAAUAGCCGACUCGCUCAAUAUAUUGAUAAAGUUCGCCAAUUGGAGCAGGAGAACAACAGGCUUCAAGUCCAAAUUCGUGAUAUUGAAGUUGUGGAGAAAAAGGAGAAGUCUAACUUAGCCGAUCGAUUUGAAGCUGAGAAAGCUCGACUUCGCCGCGCUCUUGAUUUGGCUCAAGAUGAACUUGCAAAGUACAAGAUCGAGUAUGAUGCUGCCAAAGUUGAAGUCAAGAAAUUGAAGCCACAGGUGGAUAAGCUUGAACGGGAACUCGCUGGAGCCGAAGAGCAAGCUCUCCAUGCGCAAUCAGUUGCUGAUCAAAGUCAAGCUAAGCAAAAGACUCUCCAGGCUCGAAACGAUAAGCUGGUGUUGGAAAAUGAUGAUCUCAAAAAGCAGAACAUCACUCUUCGGGAUACUGUUGAGGGUCUCAAGAAAGCUGUAGAAGACGAAACUCUGCUUCGUACUGCUGCCAAUAACAAGAUCAAGGCUUUAGAGGAAGAUCUCGCUUUCGCACUCCAACAACACAAGGGAGAACUCGAAGAGGUUAGACACAAGCGUCAGGUCGACAUGACAACAUAUGCGAAGCAAAUCAACGAUGAGUACCAAUCGAAGUUGCAAGAUCAAAUUGCUGAAAUGCGAGCUCAGUUCCAGAGCAACCUUGCCCAAAACAAAACAGCAUUUGAAGAUGCUUACAAAAAUAAGCUGAAUGAUGCUCGUGAGCGACAAGAAGGUGCUGUUUCCGAAGCACUACAUCUGCGUGCUCGUGUUAGAGAUUUGGAGACUUCCAGCAGCGGAAAUGCUUCACUCAUUGAACGCCUGCGAGCGGAGCUUGAUACACUCAAAAGAUCGUUCCAAGAGAAACUGGAUGAUAAGGAUGCUCGUAUUUCGGAGCUCAAUCAAGAAAUUGAACGAAUGAUGAGCGAGUUCCACGAUCUUCUUGAUGUGAAGAUUCAGCUGGACGCUGAGCUCAAGACCUACCAAGCCUUGCUUGAGGGAGAAGAGGAGCGAUUGAACCUCACUCAAGACACAUCUAAAAAUGCUUCUGUUCAUCAUGUGUCCUUCUCUUCUGGUGCUGCAAGUGCUCAACGUGGCGUCAAACGCCGUCGUGUCGUUGAAGUGAACGGAGAGAACCAAGACAUUGAUUACCUCAAUAGACGAUCGAAGCUCAACAAGGAGACAAUCGGACCUGUCGGAAUUGACGAGGUCGACGAGGAAGGAAAAUGGGUUCGCGUUGCGAACAAUUCAGAAGAAGAUCAGUCUAUUGGAGGAUACAAGCUGGUUGUCAAGGCUGGAAACAAAGAAGCUUCGUUCCAGUUCUCAGCCCGCAUGAAGCUCGCUCCACACGCUAGUGCAACUGUUUGGUCUGCUGAGUCGGGAGCCGUUCAUAACCCACCAGAGGUUUACGUAAUGAAGAAGCAACAGUGGCCCAUCGGAGAAAACCCCUCCGCACGUCUCGAGGAUAAUGAAGGAGAUAUUGUAUCUUCGAUCACAGUUGAGCUCAGCGAAUCGUCGGAUCCAUCAGAUCCAGCUGAUCGUUGUUCGAUCAUGUAG